GGUGGGUACCCACUCGGACGACAAACCACUCGGACGACAUUGUAAACAAAGGUAUUAUACGUCAUCACUAGGCAUUCGGUCGACAUAGAACGUCAUCAUUUUAUAUAUAGCAUAUACACUAGAUCCGUGACGUUUUGAAGAUUGAUACUAGCGCUGCCUAUAACAUUCUUACCAGCUUAGUCUCUCUACAUUUUUCUACUUGUUUCUAUAUAAACUAAAUAUUUUCUUCAUAAACAAAGCAAUGGAUUCUUUUCGUCCAAAGCUUCAAUGUGAUAUUUUAUUAAAAUUUCAAGUUGAAAAUUAGCUUUCAUAGUUUAGUAACGUGUAUAGUAAAACAAGAUUUAUAUUACAAUAAUUUUUGCUAUUUAUGUGGUUAACAUAACAACACAGUGAGGUUAACAACAACAACACAGGUCUAUCUUGAUGUGACCAUCUUAUUCAAUGUUUCUGGUUUUGAGGAAAGCAUUUUCCCAUCAUUUCAAACGUCUACCUUGUAUGAUGUGACUACCUUCUUAUUCAAUAUUUCUGGUUUCGAGAAAAGCAUUUGCCCGUCAUAUCAAACAUCAAGUUACUGAGGACAGUGGAUAGAAUUGAUAUGGUGUUUUGUUACAAUGCUAUGGAGGGUAAUGGUGGAUGAGUGAGGGAUGACACUAGCAGGACAAUAGGAAUCGCGUUUGAGAGAACUGAAAUGCAUUUCAAACGGUGGAUAGUGUAGCAGGAGUGGAAACGACAUCCGCCUAUGUUCGGAACAAGUGCGGCGGCUGGAGAGAGAGGAGCUGCAGACCCUGCCACUACACCCUCUUCUGAUCCUUCCACCUCCUCCUCCUCUUCCUCCUCAGGAGGUGACUCUUCGUCCUCCUCAACUGCUAGCAGGCUGUCUCCAAGCAACAGCAGCAGAAUGCCGGCUUCCAGCAGCGAUGAUCCGGUUAGCAAUGCGCUGCAUAUGUCACUCUUGGCCAACAAGUGUUCGAGAUAUAACGAAAAGUGCCGCAGGCAAUUAUCAAAAGCGAACGAUCUGCUGGUCAAACAGCAGAUCAUACUGAUCAUACUUCGUAAAGUGCUGGAGAGUGGUAAUGAACCGGCAGGAACUACAGGUGAUGAACUACAGAAACCCAAGAAGAAGGCGGCGAAAUCGGCGUUUGGAGGUGACAGCAGUGAUGAAAACUUCGGCGAAGUGGCGUUUCGGAGUGACGACCCGCCUGCAAGGACCCCAGCCACCACGGGUAGAUAGAAUUGUGAAAAUGAGAAAAACCAGAAAAGGUGAAACCGAAUAUCUUGUGCACUGGAAAGGCUGUGGCUCAAAUGAUGACACUUGGGAAAAGGAAUCCAACUUGAACUGCAAAAAGCUCAUCGACGAGUUUUUAAAGAAUCAAGUGCAAGAUAAUACCAAAGAUGACAAAGAAAAGAAGAAGCAGACUGAAAAGAAAAAGAAGGAUGAGGUGGAAGAGAAGAAGGAAGAGAAAAAUAAGGACGAUGGUGAAGAAGAGAGCAGUGACAGUAGCUGUGAUGGCAAUGAGUACGAAGUGGAAGACAUUGUGGAUGCCAAAACGGAGUAUCUGGUGAAAUGGAAAGGAUGGCCAUCCAAAUACAAUUCCUGGGUCGACGAAAAAGAUAUUUACUGCGAAAACCUCAUUGAAGACUUUCUCAAAAAUCGGAAAGGGGCAAGUUCAUGACAUUUUCUUAACUGCUCCUAAUAGUUUUCACUUGUUCACUUUGAAUAAAUUAU